GCUUCUGAGAGAUUCCUGGUGUCGCCAUGGGCCGCCGCCCGGCUCGUUGUUACCGGUAUUGCAAGAAUAAGCCAUAUCCAAGGUCUCGCUUCUGCCGAGGUGUCCCUGAUCCCAAGAUCCGCAUUUUUGACCUGGGUCGGAAGAAGGCAAAAGUAGAUGAGUUCCCACUCUGUGGCCACAUGGUGUCUGAUGAAUAUGAGCAGCUCUCUUCUGAAGCCCUGGAGGCCGCCCGAAUUUGUGCCAACAAGUACAUGGUGAAAAGUUGUGGCAGAGAUGGCUUUCACAUCCGAGUGCGGCUCCAUCCAUUCCACGUCAUCCGCAUCAACAAGAUGCUGUCCUGUGCUGGGGCCGACAGGCUCCAGACCGGUAUGCGAGGUGCAUUUGGAAAGCCCCAGGGUACAGUGGCCAGAGUCCACAUUGGUCAAGUCAUCAUGUCCAUCCGCACCAAGCUGCAGAACAAGGAACAUGUGAUUGAAGCCUUACGCAGGGCCAAGUUCAAGUUCCCUGGCCGCCAGAAGAUUCAUAUCUCCAAGAAGUGGGGCUUUACCAAGUUUAAUGCCGAUGAAUUUGAAGACAAAGUGUCUGAGAAGCGCCUCAUCCCGGAUGGUUGUGGAGUCAAAUACGUUCCCAAUCGUGGUCCUCUGUACAAGUGGCGAGCUCUGCACUCGUGAGAUCUUUGACAGCACUGUCAACUUUGGCCAUGCUGGUCUGACUUUUGCUCACCAAUAAAUUUUACUUACUGGCAAAAA